AAUUAUUAAUAGGUUUCUCUCUUUUAAAAAAAAAAACCUAGCAAGCAUAAUAACAAUUCUCUCCCUUAUAACAAACAACAACAGGAAUGCUACAAACACUAGCCUCUUUGUUCUUUACCCUCUCGCUCUCUCUCUCUCUCUCUCUCCUCUUCGUAUUCCUCUACUUCAUUAAACCAUCACAAGGAGGAGGAAGAGGAGGAGAAAGAUGAUGUUGAUGGCAAUUGGAGUACUGUCACUUCUCUUUGUAUUUGGCCUUUUCCACACUCUCCUCCACUCUCAAACAACGAAGCUCGUCGCGUGGUCUCGAUCCUCGCUGAAGAAGGUAUUUUCGUCGCAACGCGUUGUCCCCAGUCCGACCGACAGCGAGGAGAUCGUAAGGAGCGGGACGUCCCACAGGAAGGCGGAGGCCGAGCUGAGGAAAGUCUUCGCCACCUUUGACAAGAACAAGGACGGCUUCAUAACGAAGCAGGAGCUCAGGGAGUCGAUGAGGAACGUCGGGGUGGACAUGUCGGAGGCGGAGGCCGCGGAGAUGGUCGAGAAGGUGGAUUCGAACAGGGACGGGCUGAUCGAUUUCGACGAGUUCUGCGAGCUGUUCGACUCGAUGGCAGGCGGGGAUCGGGCGGCGGGCGAGGGUCGCGGAGAGGAGGCCGGGGAGGGAGGAGGAGGGGGAGAGGGGGAUUUCAUGAAGGAGGCUUUCGAUGUAUUUGAUGGGGACAGGGAUGGGCUGAUAACGGUGGAGGAGUUGGGGUUGGUGCUGAGUUCUCUGGGGAUGAAGGAAGGGGAGAGGUUGGAGAAUUGUAAAGAGAUGAUUAGGAAAGUUGAUGUGGAUGGAGAUGGCAUGGUUAAUUUUGAUGAGUUCAAAGAGAUGAUGAAAACUGGUGGUGGUGGGAGGCUUGUUGCAGUUUCCUAACCCCUCUCUCUCUUUCUCUCCAAAAAUCUCAGCAGCCCAUUUCAAGUUCUGUCUUUCCAAAAACCCCAUUUUAGAGAUUGUUCGGCUAAAUAAAUUAUUUGGCUUAUUUUUUUUAUUCAAAUUUUUUCAAUUUUUAAAUUUUUUGAAGAUUAUUGUUUCUUUAUGACAAGAGGAAUCUAGAAAGUAAAAAAUUAAGAUCGAAAUUUAAUUUUUUUUUGAAUAAAGACGAAAAAAAUUGACUUAUUGGCUUAUUUUUGUCUUUAUUCAAAAAAAUUAGAUUUUGAUCGUAAUUUUUUACUUUUUAGAAUUCUCUCGUCAUAACGAAACAAUAAUCUCCAAAAAUUUAACAAAUGCGAAAACAAUUUGAAUAAGAACAAAAAAAAUAAGACACUUUGCUUAUUUAUCCGAACAACCCAGUUCUUCUGCUCUCUCUUUAUAACUAGCUAGUUGUCGGACCAGCUUCCACAUAUUUCGAUUAAUCUCAUACUUUACCAGCUGUGAAUAAGUUAUUCACGAAGGCGUUCAAUCUCAGCCGUCCAAAAAUGUUUUGGAUGAUCCGGAUUAAAAACGUCCACUGACGGUAAUAGAUGAUUUUUAAUCUGGAUCGUCUCAAAAUACUUUUGGACGAUUGAGAUUAAGCUCCGUAAAACUUAUUCAUGACUCCUCCGUGAAUAAGUUUUUCUCAUUUUACGAUCAAUGGUAGGAUAAACGUUCAGUGGCUCCCACUAGAUGGGAGGCUUAGGUUGUCUCUUUGUACAUAUAACAUGGGGAAUCUUGUAUUCCUCAUCACAAAAUGUGUUCUUAAUUAGCAAUCCAUGACAGUUGAAUUAGUAGAUGCGACGAACGAGUUGUGGUGUUUUACAGAUGGAAAGGCGUACGGGAAUUCGCACCGACAUCACAAGGAGAAGAAAGUCAUUACGCUGAUGGAUCAAUCUUUUCUUUUCAGCGGGGUCAGCUAUGGCUUAAGUCCGAAUAUUUCUAGAUUGGGUGGGUUUUCCAGUUGAUCGGGGCCGGGGGUUGCUGCCCACUCUUUCUACCGAGGAAAAAACAUCACAAGGAGAGAAAGAAAAGUCUUUUUUUUUUUUUUUUUAAUGUUCUUUUUUUUUUUUUUCGGUCAAACGAAAAUUCUGAAGUGUUCUCUUUUGUUUGAUUGUGUCAAAGGUUUUGUACUUAGAAUGUAUAUAUUGGUUUGCUGUUGUAUCUUCCAACAAAAAUACCUGUGCAAAAUAUGUAAAGCCAGCCCUUUGAAAAAUAAUGGAACAUGUACAAAUUAACUACAAAA